GCCAAGAUGGCUGUACCCCCUGCCCAAAACGACGCGCAGCGUCGUUUGGGUAAAAUACCCAGGUACAACCAACUUGGCUGUACCCCCUGCCAUUGUUAGGCGCGUGGAACCCACGCGCGGGUAAGCAAAUAUUGUGGCACGUGAUGGGAAUAAAUUUCGCGCAAGAAUCGCCUAUAAAUACAAAAAAAAAAGAGGAAAAUCAUUUCGAAAACCUUUCAAAUUCUCAGCACGCAAAAAAUUUUCUCUCUCCUCUGCCCACUCUUCUACUUCGUUGUUUUCUCUCUCUUAAAACCGCCAUUAAACUUCCUGCAACCACCUCAAUCAACUUUCUCUCUCUUCAAACCGCUACUAAUCUUCAUUAUUAAAGCUGAAUUUCCACAAAAUAUCAAGAGAAGAAAUCUGUGACUUCUUUUUACUGAAAAAAAAGAGAAAAAUGGAUGUUCGUGACGAAAUUGACAUGAACAAGCUUCAAAAUCCACCGAAAAGCAAAAAAAAAACGAAGAUGCCGAAAGAAAAAAAGGAAACGACUGGAAGAUCUAGUGAAGAGCAAAAAAUCGGGAAUGCAAAGCAACCAGACAUGAAGGAAACUGGAAAAUACGAAAUUGAGAAGGAAAUUGAAGCUGAAAAGCAAAUAGACACAUUCCAUGAAGGAGAUGGGAAGGCAUGUACAACUUCUGAGACAGAAGUUCAAAAACCAUUGAGUGAAGGAGAUAAGAAAUCUUCAUCAAAAUCACAGCCUGAAGUUCAAAAAACAUCAAGGGGCAACAACUUACUGAAACAACUUUUAGCAAAGAGCAUAAAGCAGAACAACAAAAAAAAGGCUGCACAAAUGGUAGCUGCAGCUGCUGCUGCUGCAAUGGCCAGCAAAGAAGCUGACAAAAAGAUAGAUACAGCUGCCGUUGCAGCACAAAUAGAAGCUGAGAAAAUGGCACCUGCAGCUGAUGCAGAAGACAAAAGAGUCGCUCAGAAAAAGGCGUAUGCAGCUGAGAAAGAAGCCAAAAGAGUGGCUGAGGAAAAGGCAUCUGCAGCUGAUGCAGAAGCGAAAAAACUGGAUGAGGAGAAGGCAUCUGCAGGUGAUGCCCAAAGAGAAGCUGAGCUGAAAGAAGCUGAAAACAAGAGGAUCGAGGCUAAUAAGAAGAAGGAAGAAGAAGAUAAAGCUGAAGCAAUGAAGAAGGAUUUAGAGGAAAGAAAGAAAGAAUAUGAAGAAAAAAUGAGCCAGCUUAUGGCUAAAAACAACAAAGAGUUGAUAGAGGAAGCGGAAAGGAAAGAAGCUGAGAGAAAGAAAAGAGAAGAUGAGAGAAAGAAAAAAGAAGACGAUGAUGCCACAAAAGCAAUUGCCAUGGUGGUUGAAAAUGUAAAUGCUUCAGAGAGUGAAGCUCAAACCAUUGGUGGUAAAGGCACAAAAAGAGGAAAGAAGACACCAGCUACCAAGAAGAACACCAUUCUAAGUAUUACUAUGGAUGAAGAACUACAAAAGAAGUUGCACAACAUAUCAGAUUCAUACAAUCCGAGAAGAAGUACAAGAUCAAUAGUGAAAGUGCAACAAAAUGUUUGUGCUGAAGUAGUUAGCAAAGAAGAAUUUGAAGGCAAAUAUGUUUCUGGAGUUACUUCCAAAGUAACAAAUACUCCAAAGAAAAGGAAAGCGGCUGAGAAAGAAGAUGAGGAUGAGCCUUUGGAUGUUGAGAUAAUAAAAAUAAAAAAACAAAAAGGAGUUGAAAAAAAAGCACCUGUUAAGGGAAGAAUUCUUCCUCUUAGGAGUGCAUUGAAAAGAAAUAAGAAAAAUGAUAUUGAAGAAGUGAAAGAAGAACAGAAAACAGAACUUGCAAAAGUCAAUGUUAAAGGGAAAAGGAAAAUGAAAAAAAGAAAGGAAGAAGAAGAAGAGGUUCAAGAAGAAGAGGAGUUAGAGGGAAAUGAUGAAGAAGAGCAAGAAGAGGAGGAAGAACAAAAUGAGGAAGAAGAGGAAGAAGAGGAAGAAGAUGAGGAAGAUGAGGAAGAUGAAGAAUGGGAAGAAGAAGAAGAAAAAGAACAAAACAAGAUGCCAAAAGAGAAAACCGUACCGGUGAAAGAUAGAACAGCAGCAAAAGCAAACCUACCUGCUGAAAGAAAAACAAAAAGGAAAAUAACUGAUGAAGAAUAUGAAGUGAAGGAAGAAAAUAUAGAAAAAGCUUUAAUUGUGGAACGGGAGGUUUCCCCUUUGGCGAUGAUUACCAAAGAAGUUCCUGCAAAAAAGAAACCAAAGAAAUCAAUUGCUGUUUACAAGGAAAAAGUAGCAGAAGAAGAGGAAGAAAAAACUGGAGUUAGAGGAGGACAUGGAAAAUUCAUCACUUUCAUUUCCAUGAUGAAUGAACAGAAGAAGGAGGCCGUUCGGAAUAUCGGUCUAGGAGCAUUGCUAGAUUUCCAGCUACCUACUUCAUCCCAACAAUUUGUUACAUGGCUAUGUAACAACUUUGAGGAAAACAGCCAAUAUCUUUAUCUGCCGAAGAAUGAGAAAAUCCUGAUAGAAUUUGAGGACGUGAAAAAGAUAUAUGGCCUUCCUAGCGGUGAAGUAGACAUAGUUGAGGCAAAGUCUGACAAGGCUAGUGAAGAGUUUUCUGCAUUCAUGGCAAGGUAA